ACCUUCACUUGUUAAUGUAAAGCGCACGGAUUUAACUGGUAAAUAAGGACUGAUCAAAGGGACCGCAAGUAAUUCUUUCUAUUCUGAAAUAUUUUGGAGAAUACCUUUUAAUGCCAAUAAGAGAUAUCUUACAUGCUAUACAGGAUAUUUCAGAUUUCGAUGGUUUUAUGCAAGGAGUAUUGAACUCUCAACAACAAAACUAUUAUUACCAUAGUGCAAAGCGAAAACGAAAGACCUGUGUACCUCAGAAAAGAGAAAUAUCCGGAGAUGAAAUGGAUUACGACCUUAAAUUAGGUUGUUCUUUUGAGGCUGCAGAACCGAUCAAUUUAAUAAAUAAAGAUUCUCCAAAAAGUAAUCAGAUAUGUGAGAAGGCUGAAAAACACAAGGAAAGUUCAGAUUCUGAAAAUAAAGGACAUGUUGAACAAAACCGUAUUUACAAUUUAUUACUGAAUUACCUCCUAAUGAAAUAUCAGCCGCAAAUGCUGAAUGGACAUUUUCCGUUUGAUCGUUAUAAAAACGAACUUAUAAACCGUGAAAAUUCAUCAUAUACAUCUACAUCGUCGCUGGUUGAUACACAUAUGUCGGAAUGCGCUUCAUUUGAGCGCCCGUUUGCUUCAAACUUAGAUUCGUUCAACGGAUGUAAUUAUUUUCAUCAAAAUGGAAGCGAAAAUUCCUCUGAUUUCCCAAGCAGGUAUCCACAAUUUCUGGAUAUGACCUGCAAGCAGUCAAUCAUUUACUCUAUCCACUCAUGCGUACAUUCCAUUCCACCACCAAAAACCGGGAUGUUAAACUAUGACAACUUGGUUGUUAUCUACAAAGCUCUUAUUGAAAAAGCAUAUGCUUUACAAAAUUCAAUAGACCAAUAUUUAACACAAUUUCAAAAUGCUAGUAUACCAGCUCCCCCCAACUCGAAAACGCAAUCGGGUGUGUGUGUGCCAGUAGCAGAAAUUGGAUUACAGUCUCCGAAUUCUACUGUUCUAAUACCUUCAGUGCGACCAGCACUUUCGAAAUUAAAGUUCAACUUAUAUCAAAAUACGAACGAUUUGUUUUCCCAUUCCCGCGAGUUACAAAAAUGUAAAACUGCUUAUUCUGCUCAUUCGAAAUCUGAAUAUUCUACAUAUAAAGCUUCGUCACAUCCUAAUUCAAUCGCAUUUAACGGAAUACAAGCUUGUAAAAUUGACGACGGAUGCACUUUUCCUGUUGAUCUAACUAAAAAUGAGAAGUGUGAAAACCGAAAGAUUAUAGCAGAGAACGAGAAGGAAAGCGUAUUUGAGUAUGGACUAUCAUUUACAAACGUGUGCGGCUAUAACUUGCCCAAAACAAAUAAAGACAGAUUGACAUUUCCUGCCUUAGCAUCGAAUACCUUCGAAUAUAAUCGCUCACCACACUCAGACCACUUAGAUAAUGCCGCGCCGUAUGGCACGAGAGAACGUGAAGAGUCACCACUUGGUUCCUCCAGCGAGAGUGCAGCUGUUAUCCAUCCCGAUUUACUAAAUAGUAAUCCAAGAAAAAAGGCGUACUUCAAAAGCAAACGGCUGAAGAAAACUUUCACAGCUAGUAGCAGCAUGUUCUCAGAAAACGAAAGUCCAGAUGGAACGCAAGUCAAAAAAUCUAAUUUUAGAGGGACAAGUGAGGAGGAAAACAAAGUCUCUCCAGAGUUCAGGCCUAUUGAAGUAAACGGUCAAAUCCUGCUUUCGGAGGCCCACCCGAACGUGACAAUCUCCAAGGAUAUUUUCUACAGCCUGAUCGUCAAAUCUUCGGGCAGUGCAACUCGCCUGAUCCGCCUACUGAUGAAGAGCUUUUUUACUCAAGAUGAGUUGGCAGCUUCAUCGCUAUCAGGCGAAGGAAUAUACAAGCAGCGUUUAAAACCGAGCGUUACAGAAGCGAUUAAAACAUUCAUUCGAAGGAGGCACCCGCAGUUGAAAACUGGUUCCAUCAACCUAUGUAUGACGGAUGUUUGUGUGCAAGCACGGCGCGUAGCGAACAACCAACGGACUCGACAACACCCUUUAAGGCUGGUCACCCAACCUUCGUCGGAAAUCACACCAAGCCACAUAUCCGAGAUGGAGAUGGCCAGUCACGAAUCCGUUAGCAUUCUUGGAUUAAAAAGUAGAUCGCUUUCAUGCAAAAGACCUGCGAGUGUAAGUCGUCAAGAGAACAAUGCAGUUGAUUUGGUCGAAGGUAACAAACUAGUGGCGUCGCAGGACGAACUUGGGUCAGUGAACUGGACGUUCCUCCACGGUCAGUUGGGAAGGCCAGAGGAACAGAGCCACUGCUGGGCUUUACCGAUUUCCAACGAGUGCCCACAAUUUCGUACGGAUGAACAGUUCAGUGACACUAUUUUGGAUUCCAGGAUCAACCAAUUUUCCAGCUCUUCACAAGACUCACGUAUCCCCGAUGGACUAGAGAGCUGUGCAGUUGGGGAAUAAAGUUCAUCGGCCAAAUUAACCGUCGCCAGAAUCUAUUACAUCAGUCUUCGCACUGUGUGUAUGAUACGAUGUCCAUGCUUCAUGUAGUUUGCUGGCCUAGGUUUCACACACCGGCAUAUUUAUCUGCCUAAUGGUCAAACAAAUCGAUGAUUCCGGCCAGCUUAAUAUUACGAGGCAUACCAAAUCCCGUCGCAUUCUUCUGGUUUCUGUGUUUCCGCCCAUAAAGAGAAACCAAUGGUAUUCAGCUAACUUUUUCAAUUAUAUCAUUCAUGUACACAUUCAGCUGCCUACCAGUGGUUUCUUCCCCACAGUCAGUAGUUCGUGAAAAAAGAGUUCUACUUCACUGCAUUGGCAUUCCAACAAGUAGCCUGUGAAUAUCACAUUACGUACUCCCAAUGAGCCCGUACAGAUCAUUGCUACUAUUUCCCUUCGUCACCCAUGUAUCAUCCUGACUAAUAUGUGAAUGGCCACCUCCAUAUGCCGUCCGAACCAUCAGUUCCCCUCAGACCCAUUUUCGCAGCAGACGAUUUGUUAUUCUUCAACAUUCUGUGAUUUAUUUCUACUUUGAUAUUUGUUCUUGAAUCCUUGAACAAACUUUACUGCUUACUGACUCCGUUUGCCAGGUUUCGCUACUGAAAUACUUGUAAGUUGGUGGAAAAUCGAAGCCAAGUGGUUCGUGUACGGACAAACCGAUAUUUGUGCAUCUUUGCUUUUGAUAACUCAGUAGAAUCUUGUGCUUACUUCAUCAGAAUCAAGUCAUACUUGUGUAUAUAUGAACCGCCUGACCGGUAAUGGCUGACAGAUUUGUCGAUUAGAAUCCUGUCUAAAUCUGCUAUCGUAUUGGGGCAUGAAUACACGCUUAGGUUAACAAGG